AUGGCUCGGCCAGCCGCGGCGUUAGCGACAGUGCUCGCACCGCUCCUCCUGCCGUCAGUGGCCGAGGCGGCAGUCGGUGGCCGGACGCCGGCACACAUUCCUCAGCUUGGGCAGGAGCUGUGGAGAAAGCCAGCAAAGUCCGCUCCGAAGGCCGUGAUCAAUCGUCCCUUCCGUGCGCCGGACAAGGACCGGCUGGGGAGCGCGGCCACCGACAACGCCGGGCUCGUCGUCUACAAGAUCUCCGUCGGCGUCGCGGAGGAGGUCUUCUCCGGCGUCGUCGACGUCGCCACCGAUUUCAUCUGGGCGCAGUGCCCGGUGUCGUCGGAUUUCACUGAAGUCUUCUGCUUCAGCCAGACUUGCCAGCUGGCGCUCGACGAGGAGGACGCCUGCGGAAACAGCACCAGCUUCACCUGCCCGUACGCGUACCAGUACGGACCGGGGAUCAGCACCACCGGCUACAUCUCCGCCGAGGAGGUCACCGCCGUCGGGACGCACAUCACCGGCCGGGCGUUGUUCGGCUGCAGCCUCGCCAGCACGGUGCCACUCGACGGCGAGUCCGGCGUUCUUGGGUUCAGCAGGGGGCCCUACUCCCUCCUGUCGCAGCUCAAGAUCUCAAGGUUCUCCUACUUCAUGCUGCCCGACGACGCCGACAAGCCUGACUCCGAGAGCGUCCUCCUCCUCGGCGACGACGCGGUGCCCCAGACCAACAGCAGCCGCUCCACGCCGCUGCUCCGGAACGAAGCGUACCCCGACCUGUACUAUGUCAAACUCACCGGCAUCAAGGUCGACGACAAGUCCCUGAGUGGCAUCCCGGCGGGGACGUUCGACCUGGCCGCCAACGGCUGCUCCGGUGGGGUGGUCAUGAGCACGCUCUCCCCCAUCACCUACCUCCAGCCGGCCGCCUACAACGCCUUGACGCGGGCGCUGGCGAGCAAGAUCAAGUCACAGCCAGUCCGCCCAAAAGCCGACGACGUGGCCGAUCUGCGGCUGUGCUACAACAUCCAGUCGGUCGCCAACCUGACGUUCCCCAAGAUCACGCUGGUGUUUCACGGCGUUGACGGCAGGCCGGCGCCCAUGGAGCUCACUACGGCGCACUACUUCAUCAGGGAAAACUCCACCGGGCUGCAGUGCCUCACCAUGCUGCCCACGCCGGCGGGCUCGCCGGUCAGCUCCGUCCUGGGAAGCCUGCUGCAGACGGGCACCCACAUGAUCUACGACCUCCGCGGCGGCUCGCUGACUUUCGAGAAGGGCGGGUCGCCGGCGGCUUCCGAGACUAUAUGACAUGUUGAGUUUCUCAUUUUCUCGCCACCUUGU